CCCUCGGCCCCCCUUCAUCCGUCCGACGAAUCCCCGCGUUUCAGUUCUUUGUGCGCCGCUAAAGUUGACGCAUGUUUGUGCAACGUCUGUAUCGAAAUAAUUUAACUUGGGGAGGUCGUGUACUCUAUGUUAUCAUAGCCCACUGGAAGUGGUACGAGUGUGUCUACGUCUGCGCUUGAAUGCAUCACGUAUCCGAAGACCCUUCAAUUAGGAACUGAAACGGAGCUUUCCUUUCAACAGGAUUUUAUCUCUGUGAAACCUGUGACAGUGACUUCUAAUUUGUGUUAAAUUUUUUUAUGAUAUUGUUUUGUGUCCUAUACGUGUGACUUUAAUUUUGUGUUUGAAUUUCAUAAGUCUUGGUUAUCAAAAUAUCUUUGGUGCAUAGAAAAAUCAUAUUUUUUUACCAACGACGAGAGAAGUAUUGCCGUUAGUGUGAGUGCAAGUGAUGUCGUUGACGUCAGUGAGGAAAACGACAAGUGUGUGAAACAAGAGGAAGUGAGCAAGUCGUCGGUGGUUACUAACAGUGAAAUUGAAGUGAGGAGUGAAGUGAGUAGUGGUGCGAACGCGGAUGGUGUUGUUAGCGCCGUGGCCUCAGAGGAGGACGACUGUGUGAUAGUGUGCGCGCGAGAUGCGGACGAUAGGUCCGACUCCGGCGUGAGUGGCGUGCGGUCCGGCGGGUCAGCGAGCUCGGUGGAGGACCGCGAGUGGCGCGGCAUGGCGCACGGCUAUGGCGGCGGUCCCCCUCCGCCCCUACUCCACCUGCCCCCGCCGCCGCCCGCGCUCUACGCCAACGAGCUGCUGUGGAAGCAGCGUUACCAGGCGCCCAUACAUGCGCCGCUCCAUCAUGCCAUCGCUGAUGACUACCUGGCGGCGGCGACAUACGAUAGAGAGAGACAUGAAAGACUGCUACGCCAAAAUACGAGCAACUGCUUGGCACAGGCCUUCUCAAACACGGGGAGGUACCCCAAUAUAUCUCAAUUAAGAGAAAGGAGAGAUCAAGAGCAGAGGGAGCUCAAAGAAAGAAAAGAGAGAGAACGGAUAGAGCAGGAAAGAGAACGAGAGCGCGAAAAGGAACGGGAGAGGGAGAAACAAGAGAGGGAAGAGAAGGAGAGGAGAGACCAAGAAAAUGCCGCCUCCAAACUAGUCACCAGGCAUUUCGAAGAGUCUUUCAGGCUGGCUAAUCAGAAGAGGGAACGAAAUAUGUCGUGGUCAAUAUUGAACAGUUUGGCACCGAACAGGGGGGCAGCGGGGCCUGACCACGACCGAGUGCGUGCUACUCCACAAGAUCGCGCUUACUACUCUACAGCAGCACACCCUUCACAUCCUGCACACCCAUCACCCCGCGCUCCCGCUCCUUCCCCCGCUGACUACAAUGCCAGACUUUCGAUCUCCAAACAAGAGAAAUCUCCCCAUCCUUCUCUACCUAAAACCGAACCUAAUUUCGGACCUUACAAUUAUCCUUAUAGACCCUAUGAUAAGUUAAAAGAUCAGCACUUACCGGCACCACCGCCGCUAGUGCCUGAAAAAAAUUCUGUGAUAGUCAAGCACGAUGCGAAACAGAUCCACCUCGAACAAAAGCACCCGUAUCCCAGCAAACCUCGGAGCGAAUUAUCCACUCAUUACCUUCCUUCACGGCCGUACAGGACGGGACUCUCGCCUCAUGCGCCCGCUCAUCCACAUCCGGCUUUACAAACUUCGCCUCACGCCGCGCUCCCUGCCCAAGACAAAAACAACAGACGGCCACUUUAUCAACCCCCGCCCCAACGAUCGCCGGCGUACUAUCAAGCGGCCCCACCUGCUAAGCCGAAAGUAUCCAGUCCGGCGCCGCCGCACAUAUACGGCAAGCCGAGUAAUUCGCCAAGUCCAGCGCACUACGCGGUCGCCGUCGAACCCCCGUUACCGUUGACGAAGGCCGAGCCUCCACCGGUGCCGUACCCUCCACCGUCCGCGUAUUCCCCCGCGCCCCGUACGAGGCCGCCGCCGGUGGCCACGCACUGUCGGACACCGGAACCGAGGCCGCCGCCGAGAGCUCACGGCGACACCAACGUAUCGUCACCCUGCCAGACGCAACCGCUCGAUCUCGGCGUAGGGCGCGAAGAUCCCGAUAGAUUAUCGCCGCGACGAAGGUGUCCCUUCGAGUCGGCCGAAGCGGAAGCGAAACGGAGGCGACUCGAUGAAGUCGCUACGACGGAACCUUUGAUAGCGGCCGCCGCUAGCGUCGGGAGGACGCCGCACGGGUCGGAGCCCGCCCCGCAGGCGCCCGGCCCGCCCUGUGACGUGAGAGUUCCAUCUGCAGACGGGAGUGUUGAGACGCCGGAACGUGCGGCGGGAGCCUCGCCCGCGCCUCAAAUGACACCGGCAGCUAGUCCAGCUCCGGCGACGCCGGUCCCGCCCGUCGCCGCAUCACCCCCUACCGCCGCAGCACCUCCUCCUGUGCCAACACCGCCGGCUCCACCCGCAACGCCGCCCGUAACGCCGAUCGCCGACGGUGAUACUCCGGCCAAGUCGGCAUCGUCGCCGCGAGACGGUUCGGCACCCGUCCGACAUUUAGGUAAAAAAGCUUGGCUCCAACGCCACGAAACGGCCCCGAUCGGCGAAGGCGACUGCUCAGGCGGGGGCGGCACGUGUAUCACGCUCCCGAUGACGAUCACGAGAGUCUCCGAACCGGACGAUUCGAGUUCGAAUAUUGUAGUUCCGGUCGCUGCCAAAUCUAUUCAGCGUGGCGCUCGAAAGACAUCGAAGCCGCGCAAACCGAAGGAAAUUAACGGGAGAGUAGACGAUGCCGAGGAGGAUAGUUCCAGUUCCGAUAGAGAAUCAGCGGCGCCACCUAAGCGGAAACCGCCAAAAGCGAAACGGAAAAAGGGUGUUGUACCGAGAAAAGCUGGCGACGAACCGAAGAAGAAGAAGGCGUCCGAAAGCGGCAGCGAGAGCGAUAAGGAGAGCGAUGACAAAGAUUCCGAUUCCGGCGCCAGUGGGAGCGGAAGUGGAAGUACGUCUAGUAAACGCGGAGGUGGAGGCCGUGCUCGAGGGCGAAGGUCAAGAGGAGGAGGCGGCGGCCGAGGCGGUCGACGGAAAGAAGACCCGCCGCGACGGACGCCAACUAACGCGCAGGCGCGAUUGACAAACGAGUCUUUCCUCCAAAACGGACCUUGCUUCGAGGUGGCCCCCAGGCUCGCUAAAUGCCGCGAAUGCCGAUGGUCACCGGCGCAGCGGGAUAAAGACAUGCCGAAUAUCUUUUGCCGCUUUUACGCUUUCCGAAGACUGAAGUACGCCAACAAGAAUAGACAACUAGCUAUAGCUGGCUUCUCAGACCCUUACAAGGAUGCUGAUGAGGAGGAUAAAAAGUUAUGGCUGUCAUCGUCCGCCGGAGCAGCGGAAUUAGAUAUAGAGAUGAGUUGCUUCCUAUUGAGGGAGAUUGGAGACCAGUUCUGUGAACUGCUACAACAAGAAAAAGAGGCGGAAUCACACCACCUCAACGAUGAUAAAACAAUAGCGUGGAAAAGAGUAGUGCAAGGUGUGAGAGAAAUAUGUGAUGUGUGUGAAACUACCCUAUUUAAUUUUCACUGGACGUGCGGCAAAUGCGGCUUCGUCGUCUGUUUAGAUUGUUAUAAGUCAAGGUCAUCCGGCAGUGAGACCACUAACAAUACCAAUGAAUCAAAUAAUACGUCGAAUGUUAGCACCAACGGUGAAAGAGACGCUUUUGGAUGGUUGACGUGUACUUCGGGCGGUGCCCAUCCUGUCCGUCGACUGUUGCUCACUCAGAUUGCCGCCGGCGGCACUCUCGCCGAUGUUGCCGCGCGAUGUCACGCGGCACGCGCCAAUUGGUCGUUGCCCGCGUGCGCAUGCGGAUUACAUCCCGCGCCCACGCCCCAACAUAAGCAACAAGCUAGACGAUUAUUGCAUCGAGUACUCAAUAAGAAUAUUAAGAAAGAGGAUGUCAAAGAGGAGAACGUUUCAACGAACGGGUCAUCACCGGUCAAAUCGGAAAAUGGAAAGACUAGCAACAAUGUAGUCAGUUGGCUCUCAGACAUCCCAUUGAAGACUGAGACAAAGGAAGAGAAAUCAGAUUCCAGCUCAUCUGAUUCUGAGGAGAGUGGCAACUUUUCAACAUUGAGAGAGUUGUUAAUACGGCCGGCGCCGGAAGGCGGGGAUAGUCAGCCGAAGAAGAAACAAAAGAAGAACAAGGGAGAUAUCUUGGAUGACGUAAUUUCGAGUGUCGUCGAAGAGAAGAAAGACGAGGACGGCGAAGAGAAGCCAUUCGCUUUGUCAAAUGUCGUGAAGCGAUACGACAGGAGGACGGGCAGGGAAGAGUUGCCCAUUCGUAUUAUGACGCUGACGGAGUCGAAGCUGUUAUAUCCUGAUGUGCCGCAUGCGUGGCUCUGUGAUGGCAAAUUGUUACAUUUGACGGAUCCUGUGCAUCCUGGCAAUUAUAAGCCAUUCCAGGAUCAAUGGAAACGCGGCCAACCAGUUCUAGUCUCAGACGUUUCGAAUAUACUCGAUAAGGAUUUAUGGACCCCCGAUAGUUUCUCUCGGGAUUUCGGCGACACGAGAGUCGACUUAGUCAACUGCGCCUCAGGAUUAGUGGUGCCCAAUCAGCCCGCCAGGAAAUUCUGGGACGGCUUCGAGUUAGCAGCCAAACGGCUCCGGGACGAGCGUGGCGCCCCUAUGGUCCUCAAAUUGAAAGACUGGCCACCGGGCGAAGACUUCGCGGAGCUCCUGCCGACCAGGUUCGACGAUCUCAUGCGAGCUCUGCCCCUCGGCGAGUACACGUCGAGAAACGGAAAACUCAACUUGGCCGCUCGUCUGCCGGAAUGCUUCGUCCGACCGGACUUGGGGCCGAAGAUGUAUACCGCUUAUGGAGGCGCUGGAGGCACGACUAAUUUACAUCUGGACGUCAGCGACGCCGUCAACGUGAUGGUCCACGCCAGUGCACCGGCGGAUGCGCCCGAGCGUGCCCGAGAAGCGGCGAGAGCGGCCGACGAAGCCGGCGUAGAUGUACUAUCCAGGCGGAGAGCGCGCGUCAAACCGCCGGCGGCUUUAUGGCACAUAUAUGCCGCUAAAGACGCGGAUAAGAUCCGCGAUUUCCUAGUCCGCGCGGAAUUGGAGAGAGGUGCCAGACCACGACCCCAGCAUGACCCCGUCCACGACCAGACCUGGUAUUUAGACGCGACGUUGCGCGAACGCUUGUACCGCGAGUACGGCGUCGAGGGCUACGCCAUAUUGCAAUGCCCCGGCGACGCUGUUUUCGUGCCGGCCGGUGCUCCGCAUCAAGUCAGGAAUCUGUUGGAUUGCAUCAAAGUUGCCGAAGAUUUCGUGUCGCCCGAGAACGUAUCUCGGUGCUUUGAACUCGCCCAGCAGUUCCGCCGAUUGUCACGUCAGCACUCCAAUAAAGAAGAUAAGCUGCAGAUAAAGAACAUCGUGUACCACGCGGUCAAAGACUCACUCUGCUGCUUAGAGGAAGCUUUCGCCGAAGCCAGCAAAUAGAGCAGAGCAGGCCUCCCGCAUUUGAUCUCAACCUCGACGUAACAUUAAUCGCUAAGUUCCGCAUUUAACGUAAGAUUGGGAGCGAGUAUGAUACGCGCUGUGCGCCGUUUCGUGUGUAAGAUGCCAUUUUUAAGCGUCCGAGUGGAUUGUGUACCAGUUGUGUAAAUGUACUCGAAAUGUGAUUUAGUCCGAUGGUCGCAGUCGGAGUAUGUGCAAUGUAAAUUAGUCUGAUUAUGGUGAUAUCGUUGAGCGGUGGAUAUGUUUUAUGUUCCUUAAUCGAAAUACAAAUAAACUCUUCUUUGCUUAAUUGUAGCUAUAGUGUUAUGUAUGUAUUGUGUAAAUUUUUAAUUCGAAUUCCAUCGAGUACAUAUUAAGAAGUGUAUACUUUUAAGUUAUUGUAUUGAAGUAAAACGUAUUCGCUCGAAGCAUUGUACAUUAAAACACGGCGUGUAGAUAAGUUUUUCCUAUAAUUAGAUUUCUCAAUUUGGUUAGUAUGUUACAAAAUGAUAGUUUAACGAAGUAUGUGACAAUUUCUUUUUGUCCUUAUCGCUGUAUUAGACGAAAGCAAGUUUUUUUUGUACUGUGUAUAUUAUGUACGGUUAUAAGUUGGAAUAAAAAAAAAGAUGUUUAUAU